AUGCGAGCGAAGGGUUCGAGUUCGAAAUUCGAAAGCGGUCAUGUCAUCGCCUCUCGGAUUUCGUCUAAGUCACCGUCCGAUGUCAAAAUCGUGCACUCACCGCGAGCGGCGAGCGUCCGGAGCGAGCGGACAAUGCGAUCGUUGGUAGUGUGGUGGGCGGUGGUGUCGGCCUGGGCGCUGGCGGACGCGUGCUCCAGCUCCAUCUCGAAGCGGCCGGCGCGGCCCGCGCGGCCCCAGCGCCCGCCGCCGCAGCCGCAGCCGCGCCUCAACGUCACCUUCCCCAUCUUCAAAUGCGAGCCCGACUACUCGGAGUACUACUGCCUCAACGGCGGCGCCUGCUUCACCGUCGUCAUCUCCGACAGCCCCAUCUACAACUGCGAGUGUCGCAGCGGCUUCGUGGGGCCGCGCUGCGAGUUCAAGGACUUAGACGACUCGUACGUGCUGACGAGCCGACAGCUCAUGAUGGAGACGGCGUCCAUCGCGGGCGGCGCCACGGUGGCCGUGUUCCUCGCCAUUCUAGUCUGCUUCGGCGCGUGGGUGCGCCUGCACCGGCGCGGCAAGGCGCCGCGGUCACCUGAGCGCGGGCUGGUGCAGCUGGUGGCCGUGGCGGCGCCGCGCGGCCGCGUGCAGCUCUGCCCAGCGCCCCCGCAGCCC